AUGGGAGAGUAUGAGGAGAUUUUGAGAAGAGGGUUUGCACUGAAUUGGUCAAUCAUCGAUGACUGCGGGAGAUGUGAGAGAUCUGGCGGCCGAUGUGGCUUUAACACCACUACUUUCAGGUUCCGUUGCUUCUGCCUUGACGGACCCAGUUCGAGUUGCAGACCACGACGUAUAGUUCCAGGAAGGAGUAAAUUGAAACUGGUUGUUGCUGCAGGUGCUUCAGCUUCAGCGGAGAUCAAUCUUGGCUUUCUUGUUCUUAAAGUUUAUUUCUUUUAUAUCGAUCUCGAUUAUGGACAGCAUUCGAAUUCCCAGGCAACCAUGACCUCCUCCCUGCGAGUUGCUCCUUUGGUGUUUUGCGAGCCUUCUAACCAAUGA